AUGAUGGACGUGGGAUAUGAAGCGACUCCGCCGCCUUCCGCUGGGAAGGAUUGGGCCAAUUUUUGGAAUUUUGUCGACCGAGCACCCCCCACCGAUGACAGCGAUCCCGUCCCCCGCGAUAUCCUCGUUGUCGGCGCCGGCAUUGCAGGCAUUGCCGCUGCCCUGGCUCUUUCCAAAGAAUUGACGCCUUUUGUCCCCGACCUCCGUAUCACUGUGUAUGAACGACACGAUAUCCUGUCCACCUCAGGUGGUGCCAUCAACCUCACUCCCGUCGCCCAACGACAUCUCGAUCGCCUCGGGGUUCUAGCAGAACUGGAUCGACUUGGACCGGAAGGUGGUACUGACGUGGACGCCAUCGAACUCUACUCUAGUCGUUCCGGGCGGUCCCUCGGAUCGGUCGACUUUGUGGAUGAACAUGGUAAUGGGUAUGGCGGAUACAAGGGUCGUCGUGUGAUGCGCAUUGCUCUCUCGGUGGCCAUGUUGACGGUCGUCGAACGAUCCCAGAACGUCAACGUUGUAUUUGGCAAGAAGCUGCUUCGGGGAAAGGAAACCAAAGACAAGGCCACGUUAUACUUCCAUGACGGUACUACAGCUACGGGCGACUUGGUCCUUGGAUGCGACGGUGUUCACUCGGCAACUCGCAUGUAUUGGGUUGACCCCGACAGCCCUUCCGAGUACACCGGUAUCUCCUUCUGCCAAACUCUGGUUGAUACUAAGAAGAUCACCGCCCCUGUCCACUUCCGUUCCACCUCCAUGAACAUUUCUCGUCACGGGUCAUUAUUGGCCAGCUACUGUGACCGGGACCACGAACAGAUCUUUUUGGCCGCCAUUGUCCAGUUCCGAGAGGAGCUGCUUGGGCAUUACCGCAUGGACCCAGGCCAGGACUGGCGGCGAACUGCUGCGAUCAAACAAGCCCUGCGGCAAGAGAUGCAAGAUCGCUUUGGUCGAUCGGGAGUUCCUUGCAUCCGAGACUUUGUCAAAAAGGCGGACGACUGGAUGUUGUAUCCUGUCUGGCAGGUUCGACCUAACACUCGGUGGUAUCGGAACCGAGUGAUUUUGCUGGGUGAUGCAGCACAUGCGAUGCCCCCUCGUGAUGAAUCGGCUGCGUACGCCCUGGAUGAUGCCAUCCUCUUCUCUCGAAUUCUCGCCAAACAUCGCUAUGAGCCUCUGCCCGUGGCCUUCAAAGCCUACGAAGAUCUGCGCCGAGGCACGGUGAACGCGGCUUUCCAGGUAUCCCGCCGGAUGUGGGAGAAGAACCGCGACAUGGGCUUCCUGGAAGGCCGGCUGAAGGAAUGGACGUACCCGAUGCAGGUUCGCAAUACGAAAGACGCCCGCGAGGCGGCGUGGGAAUUCGAUGCCACUAAGGUGUCCAUUCCCGGAACGUUCAGCGAUCAAUCCUCAUCGCUCUACUCAUCGGAGCGAGAUUUUCUUUAG